ACGCCGGCCUGAUGCUGGCUUCCUCACCGCACUUCCUGGAUACACGGUAUGGUGGCUCUUUAAUUUCUCUUUUUUUUCAAGAUAAUUCCGAUCUCUUUCUCUCUUCUGGUUUGUAUAUUUAUAAGAAAGAAUUGGAGAGUACUCUGCGUUCUAAUAUAAUUUUUAUAAAAAGUUUGAUAAAAGUUAAUAUAAUAGAAAAUCUUGUAACUUAAAAAUGAGUUGUUAUGUUUACGGAUGCAAAAGCAAUUGGAACCCAUAUGAUGAUAUAUCAUUUUUUAAAUUUCCAUUGAAAGAUGAAAAUUUAUUAAAGAAAUGGUUUGAGGUUAUACCAUACAACAAGAACCGAAAAAUUACAAAAAAUUCCAGAAUAUGUAGUCAACAUUUUGAAGAAUCACAGUAUAUAUAUGUUGGAAAUAAGCGAGUGUUAAAAGAAGGGGCAAUACCUGUAUUUCCAUUUCUUGACAAUGUUGAAACAAAUGUAGAUGAAGAUUCAACUCCAGAAUGUGAUUUUUUGAAGGAUUUUAGUGAGGAUAAUAAUCAUCAUCAAUGUAGUAUUCAAGAGCAAGAAAUACCUUCAACACAUGUAUCAUUGCUAUCUACUACAAGGAAAAAAAUACAAGCUACUUCUCAAGUUGAUAAAGCUAUACAAGUCAUUUCUGAAACUAAAGAUAUUGCUACAGAAAUGUCACCAGAACGAUUACAACCAUCUGAAAUAGAAGAAAAACUACAACAACAAAUAAAUCUUCUUGAAAAGAAAUUGCGUUGUGAGGAAAUGAGAUUGUCAAAAAUUUAUCAACAACUGAAACAUUUACAAACAGAAGAUAAAGAAAAGGGAUAAUCAUAGAAGAAAUAAGGAAGAAGGCUUAAACCAAAAUAACAAAAAUACUAAGAAAGAAGUUAAUUAAUAAUAUAAUAGAUAAUUGACAAUUUUUAUUAUUAGAUUAAUAACUGUAACCGUUGAUAAGCCAAUCGAGCACCUAUGGCAUAUAAAAAAAUUUUUCAUAUUUUGUAAUUGACAUUAUAAUCAUUUCAUCUUAUAGAGGGAAAACUUGACACAAUAAAGCUUCAGAGAUAAUGAAAAGCCUUAUCACAAAACAUCAAUAGCAUAAGAAGCAUUGUGCAGAAUAAAAUACAAAUAUCUAUAUAUCA